AUGACGAUCGACUGCGUGACCGUGAGCACCGUCACGGCAGGUUGUACGUGCGCGAACCCGCCGAUGACGGUUUACCAGUCGUGGGGAUGCGAGAAGGGAUGUGACGCGUUGCCGUCCGGAUGUAAGACGUUGUAUGAGGUUGUUUCGGAGGCGGGGAAGUGCUCGGGGGGAAACGGUACAGCGGCGGCGGCGGCGAGCAGCACGGUCAUGUCAUUUUCGAGUGGUGGUCCUCUUGGACCGGUCAAACCUACGAUUUCAGGCCCGAUUAGCAUUAAUGCUGCUGGACGGCAGGCAAUGCCCUUUAGGUUUUGGUGA